CGGGUCAGAUCCGGGUCGGGUCAGAUCCGGGUCGGGUCAGAUCAGAUCAGAUCCGGGUCGGGUCAGAUCCGGGUCGUUUAAAUGUUGAACCCUAACGACCCUGACCUCCAGUUUUACUCUAGACGUCGCCAUGGAGACGACUGAUGGCAGGACAGGCGGCCAUGAGACACAGCAGGUCGCUGCUGCCGAAAGCUAAGAGUAUUCGUAGAAAGUUGAGUGGAAGGAAAAAGUGACCCAGUUAGAACCGCAGCCUGGACUGGAUUGAAUCCACUCGGUCAGCUCGUCCCGAUCCGAUGGAUGGAUGUGAAUCUAGUCCUGUUGCCAUGGAGAUUAAAUGAUUUCUCAACAGUCCGGUUCCGGUCCGGCCCAGGUUCUGAUGAGGAGUAACGUGAUGGAAAGCUUACAGCUGGUUUUCUAUGAGACCGCCCCUUUAAAUCAGAGCUGGUGUAGAAACAAGAGGUCUCACUCUGACGAGCUUCCUGCGUUUCUCAGCGCGUCAUGAUAAAAUGACUCAGAAUGUUCAGUUUUAACACCUUUAUUUCUCUUCAUCAUGUCGAUUUCCUGCUUAUAAAUAAAACGCAUUAAAGAUCAGAAAACAGAAAUGUCUUCUUACUGAGAAGUUUGUUUAAAACUUCAUUUUCAAAGUGGGUCAAUAAAUCGCUUCUGAUUAAUUGGAUGUUACUGACUGCGGUCGCCAUGACAACACAACCAUGGCUGUGAAAAUAAAUCUGCUCAGGAUUUUAAUGAUAGUAACUGAUCACAUUAAAUCUCUGCAUGAAAUCUGGAUUCUCACCGGAUCCAGAUUAAAAUUCAGGAACAUUUUAUUAAUCCAAACCAGAGAUUAAACCUGAUGGAGUUAUGAGAGAACAAGCUGAGAUCUGAUUGGCUGGCUGACAUUCAGGGGGCGGAGCUUCAGCAUGCUGUGUCUGGUUCUGGUUCUGGUUCUGGAUCUGGGCUGAAGCUGAGGGACAGAAACAGAGAAGCUCUGAAGACAGAACUGAUCCGGAUUAGCUCCUCCCCCAUCACCUCUCCAGGUGACUGCAGGAAGCUCCGCCCCUCUGAUCCUCUCUCUGAGCUGCUGACACACACACUCUCUCUCUCCGUCUCUCUCUCGCCCCGGUCCGGUCCGGUCAGCAUGCUGGGCCUGCUGGCUGCUGGGUCCGUUUUCUUCCCGGGAAUCUUCCUGGCAUCAAAGCAAAUCCUGGAGCAGCUCAUGGGACGGAGUGAGGUGGACGCCGUGGUGAUCUCAGCACGCCUGGUGUCGUCUCUCCAGGCCGUCAUGGCGACCUCGGCCGGAUGGACCAUCGUCUCGUCCUGCAGGGACGUCAUGGAGGACAGACACUGGCUGGCCGACGCCUACAUCCUGUUCGCCACGCCGUAUUUCUGCUACGACCUCUUGGCCAUGUUCCUGUGCUACUGGUUCAGGCUGCGGGUCAAAGGUCACCAGGAGGCGUGGCCUGACGGUGGCUCGGUGUGCGCCGCGGUGUUGGGUUUCCUGCGCCGGGAGGUUCUGAUGGUUCUGCAUCACGUCUUCAUGGUGGCCUUCUGCUGCCCCGCCUCUCUGGUGUGGCGCCAGGGGCGGGGCGAUUACUUCCAGGGCCUUCUGUUCCUGGCUGAGCUCAGCACGCCGUCCGUCUGUCUGGGGAAAGUUCUGAUCCAGUUCCAGAAGCAGGACUGGCUGCUGCAUCGGGUCAACGGCGCCGCCCUGCUGCUCAGCUUCUUCUGCUGCAGAGUUCUGCUCUUCCCCUACCUGUACUACGCCUACAGCAGGUAACCGGACCUCACCUGACCUCACCGGACCUCUCUGACCUCACCUGGCCUCACCGG